AACGGAGCCACCCGGCCACACCCAUUCCUCCACUCGCAUAUCCCGUUACCUUUGCCGCCGCGGCGCCGCCGCCCUCUUCCGCUCGCCGCCGGCCGAGGGCGCCCGUCGCGCGCCGUGGAGCGAGCCUAGCCGCACGAGCUGAAAGCACCUAAAAGGUCGCGCCUGGAGGAAUCCCUAGGGGCUAGGGGAGGUGGCUGGAGAUGGCUGGUGGGAGCUGCGACGUGUGCAAGGAGGCGCCGUCCAAGUACAAGUGCUCCGCUUGCCGCACGCCAUAUUGCUCGGUGGCAUGCUUUAAAAAUCACAAAGAUAAAUUUUGCCAGAAGACAAUACCUCUGGAAGAAGUUAGCAAGUCAUCUCUUCAGGAGGAAAUUUCAAGGAACUCUAGGUCACUGGAAGAAGCAACAAAUUGUCCUAAUGACAAGGAUCAAACCCCGUCUUUAUUAUCGGACACGACUUGUCCCACACAAUAUCCAAACACAUUGCACUCUGCAAAAUCUCUUGAAGUUGAGGAUCCAAGCUGGCUUGUUGACAAGAAUGGAUUAAGAUCUUUAGCGGAAUCUAAUGAGAUCCGAGAUGCUCUGAAAGAUUGUAAGCUUCAGCAAAUGCUACUUAAGAUUGAUGGCUCUGCAGAGCCAGAAAAGGAAUUAGAGAAAUUGAUGGAAGGACAAGUUUUUCAACAGUUCACCAAUAAGAUUCUUGACAUUGUUAGCCCACAACAAUGAACACCAACUUUCUGGUGGAGCUAUUCAGCAGAAGAGUGCACGCAUCGGGGCAAAUGACAACAUGUAGAGCAACUUACCUCAGAUGCUGUUUUCCUACCAUGAUGAGAUUGCCUAUACCCGUGACAUUUCCUUCUACUACUUUGAGAAAGUUUUGUCGUCCAAUAUGGUGCUAGUAUUUUACCAUGGCAUCUCUGGCUCAAUCAACAACUGUUCAAUUUGUCUACAUCCGUGACAUCUUCUUUGGCUAAUGGCUACUGUGAGAGUUUUGUUGUCCAUUAUGUUUUUUUUGUGGUAUACUCCCUCCAGUUUUAGGUUUUGUUGUUCAGUUUUGUGGUUUACCAAAGUCAAACUACUUUAAGUUUGACUAACGUUAUAGACAAAUACAAUAAUAUUCACAUUACCAAA